CUCAGCCGUCUGUGUUGUGAAUUUCCGCAGGUCCAUCCAUAAAAUAGACCGAGAGAGCAGCCCCGCUACGCCGGAGCGUGCAGCGGAGACGGGGAGGGGCAUCAGCCCGUUUGGGGGAAUGGCGGAUGGGGAGGCUGUCUUGUCUGUGGAGUGGGACAGUGGUGAUGGGGGUUUAGCCAUGGAUCCGGAGAAAACGCUGACUUUCUGCCACGGGCUGCAGACUAUGGAGAUGACUAUGUCCCUGCAAGGUCUGGAUGUAACUGAAGAAGCUACGGUGCCUGUGAAAGAGAUUGAAAUGAGCACAAUUAAUAAGAUGACUAUGUCCCUGCAAGGUCUGGAUGUAACUGAAGAAGCUACGGUGCCUGUGAAAGAGAUUGAAAUGAGCACAAUUAAUAAGAUGGUGAGGCAUCCUAAGUACUGUCCUGGAGUGAACAACAGUCCAGGAUACCUGUGUGAAACGGGACAUUGCUGCGGGGAGACGGGCUGCUGUACCUACUACUAUGAACUCUGGUGGUUCUGGCUCUUGUGGACAGUGCUGAUCCUCUUCAGCUGUUUCUGUGCUUACCGCCACCGCCGGGCCAAGCUGAGGAUUCAGCAGCAGCAGAGGCAGAGAGAAAUCAAUCUGAUCGCUUACAAUGGAGCUUGUAACUACCCUUCGUCAAUGCUGGACCUCAGUUUUCUGGCUUCCUUCAAGUUGCCCUCUUAUGAGGAGGUUGUUGCGCAGCCCAGCACCCCUCCUCCGCCUUACAGCUCCAUCUUUGCACUGCAGGGAGGUACCACGGCGGGUCCUAGCUCCUCUUACCCCCAUCAUCACCACCACCGUCACCCCUGCCCUCCCUACCUGGGCCCCGGCCCCAGUGGUCUGACCUCCUCUCAGAGCUCUGAUAACUACACCAGCUGCUCCUGCGAGUCCUGCUCCCUCACCUCCCCAUCCAGCACCUCCUUCUCUGUCCAGGUGACGGAUGAAAUGUACGACAGUAGCCACAUCUCCACACCCAGUGAAACAGGGGGGGAUCUAGCCAUUGUGCCAAGGGUUGGGGUCCCCUUCACACUGACACCAUCCCCACGCUCACAGGUUCCACCUGAUGUUAUACCUGUGGCCACUCCAGAUGUCAUACCGGUAGAGAGAUGUUCCUCUAAUGGCAGUGAAGGAGUCGCACCUGCCUCUCAUCCACUUUCUCUCACUUUACACUCUCGUCCUUCACGCUCCUCUCGCCUCCCGCUUUCUCCCCUUGCGCUCUUAUCUUCCAUUCCUGCUGGUCAAGUCCAUCCUCUUGUCCCGUCAGAUCCACUUGGAGCCAUGGCUCUUCAGCGAGUGAAAGAAGAGAUGUCACCUCAUGAUCCAAAUGCCAGACCCCUGCACUCACCCCCUAAACAGGCUCUCCUUUUAUCAGACAUGGCUGCUUCCAUGCAUUGUAACAGGAAAGAGGAGCAAAAAAGGGAAAAAGAAGAGGAGGAGGAGGAGGACGAUGAAGACGAUGAGGAGGAUCACUUCCGGCAUCGACGGCUAACCGGUGACUCGGGUAUCGAGGUGUGCCGCUGCCACGUGAAAAGAGGACAACAAGAGGAUGAGGAGCCAAAAAAGGGGCACUUUGAUAAGGGAGGGAAAGAUGUGAAGGAAAGGGAGAAGGCAGAUAUGCUGCAGGACAGUGUGGACUGUUCCCAGCGAACGAAGGUCGCCGCACAGUCGCCUCUGCUGGACGACUGCGUGGAGCAGCGUGGCCUCGUCUCUUCCCCUUCCAGCUUCAUCAUCAAUACAAGUGAGGCUAUCAUCACUGUGGAGACCUUGUAA